AUGGACCCUGGGGAAAUGCUUGGACCAUUAACGUGGUGCAUUAGCCUGGAUGAAGACAACCGCGGGAAGGGAGCAAGGGACGGGGAAGGUGUCAAGAAGGUGACUAAGCGCUGGACCAUGGAGCCCAAAAAAAAAAGACCUCAGGUAAGAGGGAAAGGGGUGAGAGUUAAUAUCCGACGGUCCACUGGUAAGAACAUAUACAACAGUUACAAUGUAAAUAAUUACUGCUCCAUCCUCAUCGGAAUACGAAAGGCUGCAGACACAUGCAUAGAGAAUAGGACCGUAUGCCUACAUCGAGGUGUUGGCGCCGGCGUUGGGAAGCUAUGCGUGGGUGUGCGUGUGAAUGAGCGUAAAAAAGAAGGGAAGAGCGGCAGUUGGCGGGCGACUCCGCUAGUCGCGGCACCGCAAGUCCCCAUGAUGGUCGCAGCCAGUCAGAAGAGCGAAGAAGGCAACAGAGAGACAGCAACAGCCCCUAAGCAAAGCCCCUAA